UUUUUUCUUUUUCGCUGCUUCAGCGCGUGGCAUAGUUGUGGUCCCGGUUGUGCGUCGUUGUAAUUGCAUUUUUUGCAAGGAAUUUUUGCUGGAUAUUAUAAAAAAACCAACGCCAACAUGAAAAUCUACACUGAUAUCAUUACCGGAGACGAGAUGUUCGCCGACACCUACAAAAUGAAACUCGUUGAUGAGGUUAUCUAUGAGGUCUAUGGCAAACUUAUUUCCCGCAAAGAGGGUGACAUCGUACUUGCUGGAUCUAAUCCCUCCGCCGAAGAAGCUGAUGAGGGCACAGAUUCCACCGUAGAGACUGGUGUUGAUGUGGUUUUGAACCACCGCCUUUCGGAAUGCUUUGCCUUUGGUGACAAAAAAAGCUUCACCCUGUACUUGAAGGACUACAUGAAGAAGGUGCUGGCCAAGCUGGCGGAGACUGCCCCAGAUCAGGUCGAGGUGUUCAAGACCAACAUGAACAAAGCCAUGAAGGACAUCUUGGGUCGUUUCAAGGAGCUGCAGUUCUUCACUGGCGAAUCCAUGGACUGCGACGGCAUGGUUGCAAUGUGCGAAUACCGUGAAAUCGACGGCCAAAGCACGCCAGUCCUAAUGUUCUUCAAGCACGGUCUGUUGGAGGAGAAAUGCUAAGCUCCAAUAGUGUGUAUGUUCUUUCAGUGGCCUGCGCUGAACAGCAAGCAACAACAAUGCAGCGCCGCCGAACAAAGAGCAGCUACCAACGUACAUACAUACAGAUUUAGCCGAAAAACUCAUACUCACGCAGAACUUUUAUAUUCAAGCAAGCACUAACGGAUUUCUUUGGUUACAGUUAUUUUUAGCAACAGUUUCAAAAUUCAUGUUUAUGUUCUAUGCAGAUCGUAACUUAAAUUUUGCAUUUGAUUUGAUUUCAAUGUAUUAUGAUAAUGAUGUAGUAAAAAUGAAUGUAGCUGUUAAAUUAUAUUAUGAAAAGGGCAACAAAAUUAUUUUUAGUUGUAUCCACAAGGUCAAGCGGAAAGCGGGCACAACACCACCCUGCCAUAAUGCAACGUAGUUUAAAACAAAACUAAUUAAAUUAUGGUCUAUUGAGAAAGCAGUGUAAAUUUCAUAUUUUUAUAGCAGCAAUGCAAUUUUCUGUAUACUUUCGUUUACGUUUCAAAAUACAUGUCGAAUAACAGACGCAAAUCAAACA